GUGAGAGUAGGGCGGGACUCCGGUGCCGGUGACACAGCUUCAGUGUAACGAUGAUGGCAGCCGAUGCAGACAAGAUGUGUUUGAUCGCCCUUGUUUUGUUCUUCCUUCUGACAUCAGGGGCCUUUUCUCCUGCCUCAGGCCAGUGUACAGAUGGGACCUACAACUAUAAGGGGAAGGACUGCUGUCGGUGUGGUGCUGGUUGGCAUGUGGUGAAGCACUGCAAUGCAAGUCUACAACGUGGCGAAUGCAAGGAAUGUGAUCAUGAGACGUACAACAGCGACCCUAAUGGCCAGACGUCCUGUGAGCCCUGCACAUCCUGCUCACACGGCAAUGAUAAUCUAGAAGUUGUUGAACCCUGCACUCCUGCCAGGGACACAAAGUGUGGAUGUAAAGAGGGUCACUAUUGUAAUACUCCCGAAGAAAUCUGUAGACUUUGCCAAGCCUGUGAAACAUGUGGUGGUCCUGAGAACAUUAAAGAACCGUGUACAAACCGCACUAAUACAGUCUGCAAGGAAAAAAGUGAAGGGGGAAAUAUAAGCAUACCCGGCAUAAUUGUUGGUGUUAUAAUAGCUAUUGUAGUAGUAGUGGCGGUGGUGUUUAUUUGGAAAAAGAGACCAUUCAGCAGACAGAGGCAAGGCCAAGUGCCAAAUGGAAAUACACAUGAUGUGGAGAUGCAGCCUCUUUAUGAAGUGGAUCUCCAGCCUCGCCUGCCUGACAUUGCAGAAGCACUGGGAUGGAAGGAUAUGAAGGAAGUAGCAAUACGUAGCAACAUACCAAUGACUGUUAUUGACUCUUGUCAACUGGACAUCCCUGGUGAUAGUAAGGAGCAGACUCUUAAACUACUGUUAAACUGGGUGGAGAGUCAGGGCUCGGAUGCAGCGAAGAACUUGCUUGAAAUCCUACAAAGAAGUGGCAAAAGGAGAAAAGCCGAAAGGGUGAAAGAGAUAUUGAGUCAUGACUACUAGAUGAAAGCUUCCUGUGUGAAUGUGUCUAUUGUGAGCACUAAUUGAAUUGUUGAAUUGUAUAUGUGUGAGUUAGGAUUUUUGUAAAAGCAGAGUUAAAUGAAAGGUGAAAGGUUUUCUCAAAACCCCAUUUAUGUGUUUACAUAAUGUUUGUGGAGAUAUGUGCCAUUUUUUUGUGAUGAAUAGUGUGUGCCAUGGUUUAUAUAGUGUGCAAUAAAUGUGUUAAUAAGUGUCA